AUGGAACAAGGCAUCCCAAUAAAACAAACUAGACAUCGCAGUGUCACCAACAAGUUUAUGAAACAAAAGAAAAAUUUUGAUCUUGUCCAUCUCAAUGAUUCCAUUUCCAGAAAGCCUAAAGUAAUUCGUAUAUUUCUAACUGAUCAAGAUGCUACUGACUCUUCCGGUGACGAAGAAGAAGAGUUCUUCCCUCGCCAAAGGGUGAGGCAUUACAUCAACCAAAUUAAUAUUCACCCACCCUGCGAAACCGUUACCAAUUCCCGAAAGAGGCUUGCCGGAAUAUCCUCCCCUUCAUGCCGGCGACCAGUGAAGACCACUGUGGCCGCCGCCACCACCCCAACCACAACCACCACCAAUAACAACAAUAAUGGCAGAAAGUACCGUGGUGUAAGACAAAGGCCAUGGGGUAAAUGGGCGGCCGAGAUUCGAGAUCCAAACCGGCACAUCCGAGUUUGGCUAGGAACUUUUGACACUGCCGAAGAAGCUGCCAGGGAGUAUGAUAAUGCCGCGAUCAAGUUUCGCGGUCCGAAAGCUCUAACCAACUUUCCGAUAUCACCACCAUCACAAGAAAAGAAUGUAGACAUCUACGACUCAUCAUGCGAAGAUGAGUGCCUCGUCAACAUGUCUUCAUCACCUACUUCGGUUCUCCAUUCCACAAGUCCCAAAACAGGAAAACCACAGAAGCACCACAAAGAAAACGAUGGAGAGUGUGAGGGGGAGACGAGUUUCUUUGAUGAUGAGACGUUGGGGAAUGACAUGUUUAACUUUGCAACUUUGCAUGAUGAGUGUGUGGCUACAAUGUUUGAUGAUGAAACUACUUCUGCACGGGUCUUUGUUAGUGAAAGUUUCAAGUUUGGUGACCACAUUGAGCUUGGUACUGCAAGUUUGUACCAGGUUGACGAUUAUUUUGAAGAAAUUUUGCUAGGCUCGGAUCCUCUUGUGGUGCUGUGA